AUGUGCAUACUUAGAUUCCUUGCACUGGCGCUUUAUUUGUUCCCUUCAUCCAUAGGUCUUUGCCACGGUCACUGUACCGCGACUUGGCGUGGUCUUCCAGCUGCAUAUUUGUUACCUAAAAGGGUGCCGACAGGUUACAAGUUAGGACGCCUUCGUUCGGUCGCAGAUAAGGUCGAGACUGCUGGGACAUCUGGGUUGGGUCAUUACUCUGUCUCGUCCGUUAAUUUGUGCCAAGACAGUUGUCUCACUGCGAUAUCCCACGAUCUAGAAGAACGAUUGGCUGCCGCGUUAAGAGACGGUAUAGUUCUCAGGGCUGAGGCUGAUGGAAACCUUAUCCCCAAUAGUUUUGAUUUGACUGCUGUGGCCUCUGUACCGGAGUUGUUCCAUGCGAAUUUUUGCCUUCGUAAAGAAGACCAUAGUGAGACACUGUUGAAGAUUCACACAUUGUAUUUCGAAAAAGUAUCUAAGAAGGAGGAAUUGGACGCUCUGUUAGCUCGCCGAUCCGAAUUGUCAAAGGACUUUCAUAAGUCUGCUGACCCUGCUCAAGCAUCGCUUAGGGAAUGUAGUCUUGCGCUUCGCAACGAAGUCAAAUGCCUCCAAUCACGUGUUAAAACAUUGGAUGAACAGCUUUCAUCACUGCUCUGUACGUUACCAAACAUAGUGUCUGAGGGUGUACCUGAGACUGAGGUGAUAGUGGAGAAAACGUCCAAUGGUAGUGCUGCUCCAGACACUCCGGGUACAAUAGUUCCGCACUACGAGAUUAUAGAACGUUUUAGUGACGUAUUCACAUCUAAAUCUACUCGUAUAAGCGGUACUGGCUUUUCGGCAUUCAGUGGCAACAUCAGUCGUUUGGAACGUGCAUUGUCCAACUUUAUGCUUGACACCCAUCAUAAGCUUUUUGGCUACAAGGAGGUGUCAGUUCCUUUCAUUGUGAACGAGCACAGUUUGGAAAGUACGGGUCAUUUACCUCGUUUUGAGGAUGACCUUUUCAAGUUAGAUGAACGCCACCAGUGUAACGGUGAGCGUGGGUAUUUGAUUCCUACAGGUGAGAUACCACUGCUCGCACUUUUAGGCAAUAGUCGGAUACAUCCUGAUAGACUGCCUUUAUGGUUAAUGGCCUAUACACCAUGUUUCCGGUCUGAGAUUCAGGAUUAUGGACGUGAGACACGUGGGCUAAUACGCAAUCACCAGUUUGGUAAAGUGGAACUAGUUUGCGUCUGUGACUCAGGAAGCUCGGAACAUUUCCACAAUCUUAUGUUAUCUCAUAUUGAGUUUAUUUUGAAAUCCUUAGGUUUACCGUACCGUCGAGUGUUACUGCCGGUAAAUCAGCUUGGUGCAACGUCAAGCAAAACUGUUGAUUUUGAAGUGUUCUUCCCCUCGUUGGACAAAUAUAUAGAGGUGUCGAGCUGUAGUAAUACGUUGGACUAUCAAUCGAAUCGUUUGAAUUUGUUGACGUCCUCUAGGUCUAAGGUUCAUUGCAUUAACGGCUCUGGUCUUGCGUUAGGGCGCACUCUUUCGGCCAUUUUAGAGAACUAUCAACUUAUGCAAAAGAACAAUCGUCUGGCGAUACGCGUCCCAGAUGUACUUAAGCCAUAUCUCAACGGAGAGCAAGAACUAAUAGAACCUACUCUUUCUGGCAAGGUUAUGCCAUCUAAUCCCAUUAAAACGCACACUCCUGAAGUGCAAGCCAAAGUCGAGAGUGACUUGUUUUCGGUCGUGCGUGAAGCUUGGCUUGACUCCCGCGUACCUAGAGUACAAAAGUUUGUCACAGGAACAUUUCUUAGCAUUUUGUUUGGAGGCGGCAUCGCAAGCAAAUAUUACGAUCAGACGAAUAGUGGAUUAUCUAGGUCGAUAAUUAUUGGUGAAACCCACUUAUUGAGUUCUUAUUUGGCAUUUACGUGUGGCUUGAGAUCUGGUCUGAUGCAUUACUUGGGUUGCGGUAUUAUACCGAGGCGGUUUUACUGGGCUCCACAUUAUAUGCAAAUAUCAUCCGUUUCCGGGGUGUUGGCGGCUGCGUUUGCCUCGGGAAACGCUGACGUCUCUUCCAGAACCGUACUUCGUCUUUUAGGUGGCUGUUUCACGUUGUGCGCCGCCAACGAGGUAUUGGCGACCCGUUUUAAUAUGUCUCCCCGUUGGUACGUUUCAAGCGCAUAUUCUAAGAACAACGGGUGGCUCGUUAUUAGGGCGCACAUCGGCGUCGCCUCAGUCACAAUGGCAUCGGGAUUUUCAGGGGACGAGAUUUCAUCAUGGGCAGUACUGUAUCCUACGUAUUUUGACAAAAAGGCCAGCGUAAGCGGGGGCCGUCGUGUGAACCAAUCCCUAGCGGUUGAGAAUCCCCGCGUCGAGGAUAUUCGCGCGGUUUGCGCGAAGCUUAAGGUUCCCUACGUGCUGGAACCAAACAAGCUUUACCCGCGAGACUAUAUGAAUCCGGGUCGCAUACGCGUAUAUUUUUUACAUCCCAACGCGGAAUCUAAGGCUACUACAAAGUGCACCUUCAUUUACGAGAUCGCCCCUCUUAUCGCACAGCUGAAAUCAUGCCAAAAGUCCGUUGCACCAGCGACUAACAGUGCUAAGUCUACUAAGAAGAAAAAGAAGUGA